AAAGCAACCGUUUAGUUGCUAGACAACAUCAAAAUUCCCCGAAACAAAGGGGGCUCGCAACAGCUUUAUCGAUACUCCAGGUAAACCCAGGUGACCCUGGGAGUUUGCUCUCGACCCCCGACCGGAGUAGUCAAACAACUCCUUCCCAGGAUGUCCAUUUACCGAAUCAAUCCUCGCCAUGCCUCCUUGGCUGCCCGCCAGAGGCAAUCGAAGUCCACCCGGAUGACCAGGCACACCAUCUUCAGUUUGAAGAGACCCAUCACCUUCCAGGUGCGCAAGUCCUUGGUGGAGUACGUAGACAUGGAGCUGGCGGACAUGGACACCUCGGUGUUCUAUCAGCGCAUUUUCAUCCUGGCCAAGAACUGCCACUUGACACCAGUGGAAUCCGAGGAGGAGAUGCCCGCUGAGGUUCAGGCUCCGGUGGAGCAGGCGGAACCCGAACCAGUUGAAGGAGAUGCGCUACAUUUAACAGAGGAUGCAGUCUUGGAGAAUGAGGAAAAUGACUCUCCCACUACUACGAUGACGGAUGCAACGCGCAUCCCAGCGCCGGAGGAAGCUGCUCAGGAAGCGGUGGAACAGGAAGUGAUAACCCACACGUUCCGUUUCAGCGAGGAGGAUCACGGGGAGGUUGAGUCACUCGAGGAGGAGGAGGUGGAACUGGACUCCCAGGAGCCUGGCCAGCCCAAGGACUUCUAUGCCAUCUUCAGCGAGCGGCUGCGGGAGUUGCACAAGCAGUGCAAGGCGGUGGCCAUCACCCCGGAUCCCAUAUGUGGAUUGUAUCUUCACAUGGGCGACUACAGCAUGCUCAUGCUGGAGGCCUCCGAGGACAUGAUAGGGUGCUUCACCCGGGCCCUGGCCAGCUGUGCCGAGAACUUCUGGCAGACAAACCGCGUCUUCCACAUCGAGGAUCACAUCCAGGAGCUCUACACCAAGGAUCUAAUCUUCCGCCGGAUUCCUUCGGUAUUUCUCAACGAAAAAUUCCCCACCUCCACGCCCACGGAUGAGUAUCUCAUGGGAAAGCAGCACCUGAUCAUCAAGGAUAAGCUGUUGACCAUCUGCCGCCUGAUCUCAGAAGGCCUGCAAGCCGAUCCGGACGCGGUGUCCAUGCGGGAGAGCGAUUUCGAGGAAGAUCUGCCGAAGUCCAAGUCCAAGGGCUCCAUUCUAAGUGAACAUUUGCCAAUGGAAGUGUUCCGCAAGCACCUGCCCGAGAUCCAGCGAAUCGAACUGGUCUUGGCCUGCACGCGAUUUUAUUACGAGUUGGAUGAGUUCGCCAAGAUCUACGGCCAGGUGCCCUUUUCCCCCGACGAGGAUGGGUUGUUCUGGCCCAUCCAGAACAACUAUACCCCGCCGAACAUCUUCCGGCGCACUCCCUACGACAUCAAUCUCACAUUCGGGGAUUACGCGGCGGUGGCUACCAAGAGGAGAACCCACGAGAGCCUGGUCGGCAGUUUCGAUGCCGAGGAGGAGGCUCCAACCAAGGAAAAUGCCGAGGAGACUCCCCCGAAAGCUGAAUGAGCCGUCUCGCUAUUUUGAAUCAUUUCGGUUGUAUAUUUUUUUCCUUCUAGCAUUAAAUAUUAACUGACAGA